AUGAAUAGAAAUUUGCAAUCCGAAUAUGCUGAUAUUGAACCUCAACCAUUCAAUAGGUCUUACGCAUGGCCAAGAAGACAAAUAAUUAAUCCGGAAGAGGCUGAAAGUAGUGGUAGUUCUAGCGAAAUUCCACUGGAAGAAAAAAAUAACUAUUGCCAUAGAAAUCCGUGGGGAAGUUUAAGCUAUGCAGAUUUGAUUACAAGAGCAAUCGAAAGUAGUCCUUCUAAGAGGCUAACAUUAGCACAAAUCUACGACUGGAUGGUAAAUAAUAUUUUAUAUUUUAAAGAAAAAAGUGACAGUGUCAAUUCCAUCGGUUGGAAAAAUUCAAUUAGACAUAAUUUGUCAUUGCAUACAAGAUUUAUCAAAGUGCAGAACCAGGAAAGGGGUAAAUCUUCUUGGUGGAUGUUGAAUUCCGAAGCACCUGGUAAAAAUGUUCGAAGGAGGUCCAAUUCUCUAAGCAUAAAUACUGAAGUUAAGAAGAAGGGAAAACUAAGAAAGACAUUUUCAAUGAUAAAAAAGUUGUUACCCGGAAUACCUGAUGGCCCUAGUGUUUCAAAAAAGCUUGAUUUGCUACAAGAAACGGAUUAUGAUUAUUUUAGACCCAGGUCUAAUUCAAAUUGUUCCACAGAACAAUUAGCAGGUUAUCUCCAGCAAACCGCCAAAAUAUCUCAGGUGUCAAAUCAAAGAUUAAAUAUUGACAUGAGAUGCAAUCAAAAUCAACAAAAUGUAUGGAACCCACAUUUAAUACACCAAGUAACACAACAUGCACCACUGAGCUACACAUGCUGUCCUACUAAUGAACAGGUUCAAUUUGGUCAGUAUAUGAAUGGAACUCCAGCAAACUACAGACAUUCAAUAUCCUUUCCAUUAGAAAAUUCCCAGCCCUACAAUAAUAACAAUUUAUACAUCCAUACUGUUACGCCACCACAAACAAGUCCAUCUUCAGGUACUGAUUCUUUAAUAACCUUAAAUCGAAAUUUCAGCUAUACCGAAGAAAAUUACUUGUCAAAUUUAUCAUCUGCUGUACGAACAUGCGAAUCUCCUGCAGAAAGCCAGAAUAAAAUUAAGUCAAGUACUUCCCUGGAUGCUUUAGAUGUUCCAGAUAACCUUAAUUGCAACGUUGAAGAAGUUUUAAACUACGAGUUAAAUACUGGAGACGGUUUAGAUUAUAAUUUUACUAAUGAACUUGGAAGUUAUGUAUCUUAUUCUGUGCAUUUGUAA